AUGUUCAGAGAUGUCCUGAAACCAACGGCCACCGCCAGCAGGUGCAGGUGCAGGUGCAGGUGCAGCCACAGGGCUCCAGAUCAUGCACGCCCCUUCACUCCGCCAAAUGCCAUCAAGGUGCCACCAUCUCCUGGAUUGAAGAAGCAGGCCCUCCUCAUACAGGGAAUGUCGCAAACUCUGAAGUCAGUCUCUUCAAAUCUCCUUGAGCGAUUCAUAGACAGGGCUUACAGAUUCUCUGAGCAGCCUUCUCUGAAUGAGGGGAAUUUUCGACCUGUCAACGAAAUCGACGAGGCAGUUUUACUCAACAAUCUUGACGGGGAGGUCCCUGGAGAUUUUCCUGAGGGUGUCUACAUCAGAAAUGGUCCGAACCCUCUCAACCCAACACAGACAAUCGCAGAUUCCAUAUUUGGUUCAACAUCAUACAUGUAUUAUGAAGGUCAUGGCAUGUUACAUGCUGUGUAUUUUAACAAGAGCAGUCUAGGAGAAUGGAAGAUAUCGUACAGGAACAAGUAUGUGAACUCAGACACCUUUCAGUUGGAGAGAAAAAAAAAUCAAGUGGCUUUUGUGCCAUCUGCUGAUGGACAGCCCUAUGCAACACUAGUUGCAUUUCUUCUUAAUAUUUUGAGAUUUGGAAAGGCUGUGAAGGAUAGCGCAAAUACUAACAUAUUUGAGCACGCUGGACGAGCUUUUGCUAUCACGGAGAACCACCUGCCUUACGAAAUCAACAUCAAUAAUCUCAACACACUAGGACUUUAUAACAUCAAUGGAGCUUGGAACCAACCUUUCACUAGUCAUCCAAAGAAAAUUCAUGGGAGUGGAGAACUGGUGAUAAUGGGGACAAAUACUGAAAAGCCCCACUAUGUGCUUGGAGUAAUUUCAUCUGACGGUGAGAGGCUUGUUCAUAAGGCUGAUCUCAAAUUUGAGGAAGGGAAACUCAUUCAUGACAUUGGAGUAACUAAAAGAUUUAUCGAAAAUGAUAUGAAUGGAAAAUCGCGUAUCGGGGUAAUGCCUCGUUUUGGUGAUGCUGAGUCCAUCAUAUGGUUUGAUGUCGAGAACCACUGCAGUUACCAUUUAUUUAACUGCUUUGAGGAUGGAAAUGAGGUUGUUAUCAGAGGAUGUCGACUACUUGGUUCUAUUAUCCCUAGUGGACGCCAUAGAGUUGACAAAUCAAAAUGGUAUGGAAGGGCAUUUCUCCAACCAGAUAAGGAUUCAGAAGAUUUUGAUCCUUCACUAGAUGGCAAUCUCUUUUCUCGCCCAUACGAGUGGAGAUUAAAUUUGGAAAACGGCAGUGUACAUGAAGGUUAUAUUACCUGUGAGAAGGUUGCAAUGGAUUUCCCUGUCAUUAAUGACAAAUUUAUAGGUAUUCAAAACAAAUAUGGAUAUGCUCAAGUUGCUGACUCAUUAGCCACUAGUAAAACAGGUUCAUAUUAUCGAUGCAAAGAGAUUUUCAGAGGAGCCAGUAGCAAAAAAUACUUUGCCUCAGAGAGUUCCAUAUGGUUUCCAUGGGAACUUUUUCUACACAAGUAA